CGCGGAAUCUUGUCAUAAAUUCAUUGUCAAUCAUGAAUAGUGUUGUAGUGCUAGUUGUAGUUCUUGUAAAUUUCCUAAUUUCCUUUGGUUCGACAGAGUUUGUACUGGAAAAGUUUCAUCGUGAACCUCCCCCGCCAGAAGUCAAAAGUACGAGAGUAAUUAAGGAACAAUGGAUAAGUCAGUUAGUGGAUCACUUUGACGUUAAUAAUCAUGGACAAUGGAGUAUGAGGUACUACGCCAAUGACGAAUUCUACCAACCUGGAGGACCAAUCUUUAUCUUUGUGGGAGGAGAAUGGGAUAUUUCACCAAACCGGGUUCAAGGAGGACAUAUGUACGAUAUGGCAAAGGAAUUUAACGGAUCGCUCUUCUACAUUGAACAUCGUUUUUAUGGAAAAAGUCGACCAACACUAGAUUUAUCUGUAUCAAAUCUAAAAUUACUGACAAGUGAACAAGCCCUUGCAGAUCUUGCACACUUUAUCCAAGUCAAGAAAAUCGAAAUUCCCGAAGCUGCGGAGUCACCUGUAUUUCUGGUAGGGGCUUCCUAUUCGGCAUCUCUUGUAACUUGGUUCAGUCACAAAUAUCCCACAUUGGUUACCGGAGCCUGGGCUUCAAGUGCUCCUUUAGAGGCUAGAACUAACUUCAAAGAUUUUUUGGAAGUCGUUUCGCAGUCCAUUAUUUUAGUUUCGGUAGAAUGUAAGGACCGAAUUAGUGAAGCCAUGAGGGAAAUGGAAAGACUAGCUAAUAGCGGUAACUAUACUCAUUUAUCGCGCAUGGCUCAUCUUUGUGAAGAGUUAACAGAUGAUAACCGUUUAGAUCGAUGGCUGGUAUUUCAACAAAUGGCCUUUUACGUUGCAAUUGUAGUUCAAUACGGUAACCCUAUUAGUAUAGAGGAGUUAAUAUGUAACCCUAUAAUGAGUGAACCUGACGCACUUACUGGUUUUUCAAAAUUCAUCGAGAAAAGUGCCCAAGGAUGCAUUGUUAAUGAAUUUGAAAAAGCUUACCGAUCAUAUCGAAAUACUACGUGGGCAGGAAAUCCUUCUAUAACACGACAAUGGAUAUUUCAAACAUGCAACGAAUUUGGAUGGUUUCAGACAUCAGAAUCCCCUAAUCAACCUUUCUCUUCAAUUCCCGUUGAAUAUUACGAGGAGAUUUGCAAAUAUUUAUUUGGAGAGGAUUUUCACUUGGAAAUGAUAGAUCAUAGUGUUUGCCUAACCAAUGUCAAAUACAACGGAUUAAAUCCAAAUGUUAGAAAUGUUUAUUCAACCCAUGGCAAUUUAGAUCCAUGGAAAGCCGCUGGAGCCUUGGAGUAUAUCAAUCAUGAAUCCCCGACAUAUAUUAUCCCUAAUUACAGCCAUUGUAGUGAUUUGAAUUCAAUAGAACCAUCAGAUUCGAUACCACUAAUCGGAAGUAAAAUACGUAUAAAAGAUCUUAUUAAAGCUUGGGGUAACUUAUAAGAUGAAUAUAUUUCUUAAAUACAUCACAGGCUCAAUAAAGUCACUUUUCAGCAGGAAAA